AUUUAGUCUAUGGUCAACGUGGCGGCCGUGUAGUUGUAAGCGUCAAGUGAUGGCGUUUUGUGAAAAACACGUAAAUAAUUUUAAUUUGUAAUUAAAUGUCAGUGUAACUUUUAUAAAUUAGAAUUAAUAUGAGCAGAUAUUACGAUUACGGUAACGCGAUAUCAUGUUGACAUGAGAUGGUCGUUCGUCAACAAUGGUUAAAACACGAUCUUCAGCGAGGGUAGGAAGCGCGGCCACCAGUGCGCCCGCCGAAAAUGGAACUUCUUCCGAACUUAGAUCGCGGCUCAAAACCACUGAGAACGGUCACCGCUCCCAAAGGCCCUACAAUCAAAUUAGGAACAAUCAAGCGCUGCCCUCGGGGAGCGUGGGGCCGGGCAGCGGGUCGCAGGGGAAGGACCCCCUGGCGCCCGCGCUGCCUGGCCGCUCCCUCUAUCAACACCCCACUGUUAGCGGGUACAAUACACAAGACUCACGCGGGCAAGCCAUGCCUGUCACGCGGACGUUGCAGGCACGGCAGAACCCCAUAUACCCUAGCAGCAUGUACCACGGGUACGGCGCUAGCGCGGCGGGCACGCUCGCUCCGAUGCCGUCACCGUCGCCCACCGCGCCUCUAGCGCCCUUCCCGGUACAUCCAGACGUCAAGUUUAGGAAACUCCCCUUCUACGACGUGCUAGCAGAACUGAUGAAGCCAUCGACAAUGAUGCCCAUGCAAGCAGGUCGCAUGCAAGAAGGCACCUACGUAUUCCACCUUACACCACAACAAGCCACAGAAAUAGCUUCAGGGAAAGACCUCGUCGGAACUAGCAAUAAACUUGAUUAUGUCAUACAGGCACAACUCCGAUUUUGUCUUCUAGAAACCUCGUGCGAACAAGAGGACCAUUUCCCGCCUAGCGUUAAUGUUAAAGUUAACAACAAAAUGUGUCCACUACCUAAUCCAAUACCUACAAAUAAGCCCACGCCAGAACCAAAGCGGCCGCCGCGACCUGUGAACAUAUCUUCCCUAGUGAAGCUAUCGCCCACUGUCGCGAACACUAUACAAGUGACGUGGGCCGCGGACUUCACGCGAGCUUACGUGCUGAGCGUGUUCAUGGUGCGCAAACUGACUUCAGCCGAGCUGCUCCAGCGACUCAAGAAUAAAGGCACCAAAAAUCCUGACUACACGAGGUCACUUAUAAAAGAGAAGUUGUCGGAGGACUACGACAGUGAGAUCGCGACGACUUCGUUGCGAGUGUCGCUGAUGUGUCCACUGGGCAAGAUGCGCAUGGCGUGUCCGUGCCGGCCCGCCAACUGCCCGCACCUGCAGUGCUUCGACGCCUCGCUGUUCCUACAGAUGAACGAACGGAAGCCCACCUGGCUGUGUCCAGUCUGUGACCGACCUGCGCCUUAUGACUCCCUUGUAGUAGACGGGUACUUCCAAGAGGUGCUGACGUCCCCGCGGCUGUCGAGCGAGUGCAACGAGAUCCAGCUGCACGCCGACGGCAGCUGGUCGGCGCACGCGCCGCCGCCGCGCGCGCCGCUCCUGCAGCAACCCGCCGCCGAGCCCGUCACUCUCAUCUCGGACGACCUCGAAGUGAUUCCUGUGGACAGCGGUGUAGGCGCUGCUAAACGUGCCGCCGUAGGCGAGACUCGUGCACCACGCUCUGCAGACGUGAUGGUGGACCUUACAUCAGACUCUGAUGAUGAACUACCUCUCAAACGUAAGAUACCACCGCCGAAAGCCACGCCACCAGCUUCCGAAGCUAAUAUUAAGAGUGACGACAACUAUUCAUCAAGUGCAGCGGAAGCAGUAUCGUCGAGUGGGUAUCGAUCACCCGGCGUGGCCGGCGGUGCGUGUGGAGUGAUAUCACUGGACAGUCCGUCCCCGCCGGCGCCGGCGUCCCCGCCAUCGUCCCCGCGCGACACGGAGGCCCUGCCGGAGCGUCCACACCUGUCCAUCACACCGGUGGCGCCCCCUACCAGCAACUCUUCACAACACCAUAUAGAUCUGCUGACGAAGCGGCCUCAGUUAUCCGUCUCUUUGGUACCGCCACCUGAGCCCGCGUCGCUUCAUCUAGUUCCUCACGACGUCAUGACGGAUGGCCCGCACCUCUCUAUCACUCCCGUCACUUCUGCGGCUCCCACACAUCAUAUUGGUUCGAGCACGAAUGCAGAGCGUGACGACGCGGAGGCGACGCCGGCGCACUGGGCACCUUACGCUGACUCUGAAAGAGAUGAUAAUUAUAGGAAAUACUGACUGCGGGAGAAGAGUGGUCGCCCUUCCUACACUAGCGGCCAUUCUUCAGAGGAAGAUCAAGAGGCGUCGUACCCCGAGGUGCCGCUACUGCCGCAGUAGUGCGGUCCAUUCCUUGCCAAAGUAGAUCUUCCAGCGCGGCGCGCACCGUGCAGCCCGCUACACACUCCCUGCGUCUAGUGCCCGACACGAGCGUCUCACUGCGGAACUCGCAUUCCACAUGACUUUCUGCUCAAACUCUUCAUCAUCAUGGACCUCCAGUUCACGUGGACAUUGAACUAAUGAAACACAAAAUUAAUAUUUUGUCUAAUGUGCAUUUUGUUCACCAAAUAUAUAUGUGUAAUUCUGUGAAAUCCUCGAGUAUUGCAGAAUAAGCUAGCGAGAUCAAAUAUUGUAUUUGUAAGCACCUCGAUUCAAACAGAUUCUCUUUAGCGUAGUUGUAAGUCCGACGUCAUGAAGAGUAUCAAAAUUUGUAUUAUAAAAUCAUUUCACAAAAUAGUAUAAUGUAUGGUUCUUAACGAAUUGUACGAGUAUGAAUACAAUGUGAUGCUGCGUGAAUGAGAUCAGUUGUAAAAUAAUUAAAUUUUUAAAUAGAAGGCCUUAGGAUUCGAACAUUUGAAUGCGCGAGUAUGUAUUUCGUAAUUUUGUACUAAGUCGUGAAACGACAAGCUAACAUAAUUAAAAUAACGUAACAUUCUUUACUUACUCUACUGAUUCAAAAUUUAUUGAUCAGUUUUAUAAUACCCUCAAUAAUUAAAUUAUAUUUUGUGAAUCCACACGAAAAUCAAUACAUUUUGUUAGAUAAUGAUGUAAUAUUGUAGUACAUAUUACAAAUUGAGAUUAGAAAAAUCUACAAAUCUAAGUCCUUGUUUGUCAACAACAACAACAUGCAGCUAGAUCGUGUUAGCUACAAUUUUAGUAAUUUGUACCUAAACAUAUUUAUUUAUAUGAAACUAGAUCCAAAUUUUAGAGUUCCCAGCUAGCUUAUAACAACAAUGUAUUAUAAAUACUUUUAACCAAAUGUUUUGUUACUUCUCUCUUUAGUAUUUAAAACUUUGAUUAUAUUAUUGACUUUGAAUUCUUUAGAUUUACUUGUUGGCGCGAGCUAUUCAUUUAUUGUAAUGAAUAUUGUGGCCACACACUAAAUGAAAUUGAAUCUGUCUCAGUUUUCAAGUCUAAACAACGUUCUAUGUGAAUAUGAAAUGUAUGCCUCGGCAAUAGCAGGCUAGCUUAAUAAUUUAGAGAUUCAAUUAAUAUUUUAUUUUAAACAAUCAUAUACAAUUGGGUCUGAAUCGCGCCUGCAACCAAUACUGCCCCUUAUUAUAAUUUUCCUUGCGACAUUCGGAGGAUGUUCUAAUUUAUUUAUAAUUAAGGUGUAGUAUUAAAUGUGUAAUUGUAUUAUAUUGAUGUGGAUGUCGACAUUGUUGACUUCAAUGCGAUACAAAUUUAAGAAUGUUAGGAUAAGAUAUUGUCAUUCAAUAAUAAAUGUAAAUAUUGUUCAACUGCA